AUGGCAGCUGUACUGCUAUUCGCGAUGGUGUUUUUCAUCAUCAUGUUCUCGGACCUGGAAUGCGAUUACAUUAAUCCUAUUGAUUUGUGUAAUAAGCUCAAUCAGUUCGUACUGCCAGAAAACUUUGCCCACACAUUCCUGUGGCUCAUGUUUCUGGUGAAUGGAUCUUGGAUAGCUCUAAUAGUCAAUACUCCAUUGGUGGCCUGGCACGUAAACAAGAUUGUGAGUAACAGGCACAUGUACGAUGCCACCGAAAUCUUUCGGACGUUACCACAACACAAGAAGGAGUGCUUUAUCAAACUGGGGUUUUACCUCCUUUGCUUCUUCUACUAUCUGUAUAGGAUGAUUCUGUAUGUAGUGGCAUGA